AGCCAUACUCAAUAAAUUCGGUAAAUUAGAUAUUUUAGUGAAUAAUGCUGGUAUUACAAGAGAUGUAAUGUUACAUAAAAUGUUAGAAAACGAAUGGCACGAAGUGAUUGAUAUUAAUUUAACUUCAUGCUUUAAUAUGUGUAAUGCCGUGAUUAAUCAAAUGAGGCAGCAAAAUUAUGGGAGAAUUGUUAACAUUAGUUCGAUUAACGCUCUUAUGGGGCAGGUAGGGCAAACUAAUUAUUCUGCAGCCAAAGCUGGUAUUAUAGGUUUUACUAAAGCUCUAGCUAAAGAGUCAGCUUUAAAAAAUAUAACAGUAAAUUGUGUAGCCCCUGGUUAUAUUAUGACAGAAAUGGUUAAGAAAGUCCCAGUGCAAGUGAUAGAACAGAUAAUACAAGCUAUCCCAAUGAAAAGAUUUGGUAAGCCAGAAGAAGUAGCGAGAGCGAUAGAGUUUUUGGUAGAUGAGGAAGCUGGGUUUAUUACUGGUGAGACCUUAUCGAUUAAUGGUGGACAUAAUAUGUUGUAA